AUGGCACCGAGAGGUUUUACUCUACCUCCAGCAAAUACACAAUCAGCGAAGCAAGCGCGUAGUGCGUUCUUCUGUUCGCUAUGCCAGAAAGGCUACAGUCGCAUGAACGAGUUCGAUGCUCACGAAUCGUCCUAUGACCACCAACACAAGAAGAGGCUCAAGGAGAUGAAAGAGAUGCAGAGACAAGUACAGCCGAAAAAGGAAGAGAAAGGGCCCUUGAUGCAGAUAAAGCUGGGUGGCGCAGCGAAAAGCACCCCCGCGAGUGCUGGAGGCUUUAAGAAAGGCGGCUUCAAGAAUGCUUUUGCUCCAGCAGACGAUGGUGUCCCUGUCGAUGCGGAGAAGAAGGACGGCGAACCCGAGAUCGACGAGAAGCUUGCGCCUAUAGACGACGACAGUGAUGUGACAGACGUCGAUGACUACUACGACCCACGCAGACCGACAGGCUGUACUCCAGCAUGCCCAAGUCAUAUCGCGGCUGGCACUUGA